UAUCCUGGCCAAACUGCCGCUCGUUCGCGAUUUCGCCGCGGUACGUGAUCCUUCGCGCACUUUAAUUAACAAAAAAUAGUCGGGCUUUUGUUUCGAGUGCGAAAUUGAAUAUGCAAAUAAUGUGUGGUGUUGCCUGUAAUUGAACAAACUCUGUAAGGAUUAAUUCCGAUCGGUAUGGGGCAACUUUAUGUUUGUGUUUGCACCUGAUUAGCGGACAAUUAAUGCGAAUCAGCAAUUAAAAGCACCCUGAAAUGCUAAAUAAACAAAGUGCGAGUAAUUAAUUAAAUUUCCGUGCUGGACAAAGAAUAAUAAGGAAGUGUCUGCCCAAAGUUCGGCGGAAAAAAAUAAUGUAAAAUAAUAUAUUUAACAUGGGAGCUGUGUGAGCAAUCUACGCAUGAAAAGCCAACCGAGCGGCGGGAAAAGCAUCAGCUGCGGAAAAGUAAACAUAAAGUUUUGGAUUCUGUCGUGGCUGUCUGUUUGCACAGCAUCCGUAUAUCCGGCACUUCAUAAAUUCAUUCGUUUGUAUUUAAAUUACACUCAAGGUGCACGAACUGGAGAUACGCACAUGCCGGAGAUACAUUCAUAAUCUGGGCCGCAGUUGGCCAAAAAAAAAAAAGAGACAGAAAAAUGGGCCAAAUGUCAAUGAGUGACUGGGCCGUGGCAGCCGCCAGGAUUCCAAUUCAUGUCCUCGCCGAAUGAUAAGCUAGCUGGCGGCGUAAAAAACCGAAACCGAAAGGAAAAAAGCAAAAGGAAAUCCUUAAGAGCGGGCCCCAAUUGCCAAAGCCAAGUCAAUGACCCUCGUCCGGCCAUCGGCGACCAUAUGGCUGCUGACGCUCCUGCUGCCGGCGGUCCUGCCACACCAGACGCCUCCAGAUGCAGACCAGAAAUUCUCACUGCCCGCCGUGCCGCUCCCACCGCCGCCACCCUUUCAGCCCGGCAAGAAUCACUUUGCGCUGAACGCAUUUGCCGGCGGAGAGCAUGCCGCCGGCGGACACAGCCACUCCUCCUAUUCCUCGUCCAGUCCAGGAUGCGGGGGUAUGCUAAAGGCACGCCAUGGCAACAUCCAGACGCCCAAUUUCCCGCACCGAUUCGCCACGCCCAUCGAAUGCGUGUGGAUAAUCGAUGCGUCCGAUAUGCCGCCGCAGGGCCAGGCGAAUGUGUCCAUUGUGGUGUACCUGACCCAGUUGUACGUGCUCAGCGGGCUUAAGUUUACGGAGUACAUGUACUACUCGGAUGACUUUAAGGUACCAGCCCACCGCGUCUUCACGCUCACCGAGGACGAUGUCACGCAGGUGACAUGGGUGAAGUUCCAUAGCCAGUACCUGGAGAUCCGUUUCACCAUGGCCACCCUGGAUGGUACACACCUGCGUGCCCUGGAUCGCCUGCUGGACGUCUAUGGAUUCAACAUUACCUACGAAGUGCAGAACGAGGUGAAGACAACACAGUGCAAUACGUUGCAGUGCAGAUUCCUUGGAGAUUGCUAUGCAAGUGAAGAUUACAGCUCGUAUGGCUGCUCCUGUUUUCCCGGCUUCAGCGGCAGUGACUGUGGUCAUGGACCCCUGUGCAAGGAUCUGCACACCAACGUUUGCCAAAACGGCGGCACUUGCAAGCAUAUCGGCGACGCCGCCAUAACUUGCCAUUGUCCGAAGGGCUUCAAGGGGACCAGAUGCGAAAUACCCGAAAUAAACGAGACUACGCAGGGCUGCACCAGCAACUCCAGCUCCAUCGAAUGCCACCAGGCCUGCGACUUUGACAAUUUCGGCCGCUCCAUCUCACCUCCUGGCCAGAGUUAUUCCGCAUCCAAAGGCAAUCGGAAUGCGGCACGCAGUGGAAAAACCCGAUACGAGGUAACCAUGCGACUGGGCGCCAAUCUUACAGGAUACUAUCGCCAUGCCGACCGUGAGCAGUUGUCGGGCGUUAUGGAAAGACAGCUUGGUCGUGUCCUGCGCAACUUCAACAUCACAAAGAUUAGCGAUCUGGAGCUGAUAUCAAAUUCCACCGAUCGCCUGGACAUCACCUUUCACUUCUUUGGCGUGAAAGGUGACUCACAGCGUAUCCGGGAUGCCAUCACACGGAUGGUGGAGCGCGGCAGGAUAGGAAACUUCACACUGGUGGCGAAUUUCCAUCACUUCGACGAGAAUCCUCCGCUCGGCUUGCUGGAGCUGACCGUCAAUCAGCCGCAAUCAGGAGUCCGCGAGGCCAGCGAGUUCAUCAUAUCCUGCACGGCCCAAGGCUCAUCCCGGAUGCAGUUCCAGUGGUUCAAGGAUGGCGCUGUGGUUAAUGCCAGCAAAUCGACGAGAGAAAUCUGGACCACGGUCCUGCCGCCCGAAACCAAAGAUGUCUACACCGCCAUUCUGGGCGUGACCAAGGCGAGUCGGAUCGACGAGGGCGUCUAUAGCUGCAAGGUAACCGACUGGGGCGUAGAGCAGUGCCGCUCCCUGCACAUCCACAUCAAGUCCCCGCCCCGUCUGCGGGUGGAUCCGGCGAGUGUGACCCUGCAGCGAGGUGACUCCCUGCGGGUGAGAUGUCUGUCACCCGGUAACGAUGACAUCAAACGGUAUGCCCAACUGGGCUACAGCUGGACCCGAAAUGGCGUGCUUUUCCAGUCGGACGCGGCCACCGCCAUGUGGGAGGACCUCUAUCCCGACGGCAGCAUCCUGAAGAUCAACAAUAUUCAGAAGUCAGCGGAGUACGCCUGCCUGGUCUCCAACAGUGUGCGUCCCGUAUCCCGCAGCGUUUACAUCAAUGUCAUCGAACGGAAUGCCGUCCACGUCUGCCCGGCGGAGUCCACUUAUGGCGUCCAUUGGCCAACCAGUGCACCCGGCUCGCCUAUAAUCACCGAUUGCCCGCGGGGAUUCGAGGGACAUCUCAAACGCAUAUGCGAACAGAGGGAUACGGGCAAUUCCACCUGGCUACUACCGGAUUUCUCCGGCUGCGUCAGGGAUGAACUGCUGCUCAUCUACAACCGUUUCCUUGCACUGAGUGCGGGAUUCCAACAGACGAACUCCUCCAACAUUCUGAAGGCCUGCUUCGAAUUCACACUGCAGAGAAGGCAUAGUUUCCUGCCGGGCGAGGCCAGCUUCCUCAUCGAUAUGCUGCAUGAGCUCGACACCUACCUGCAAUUGAAAGGCACACAACUGGAGCGCGAGAUGGCCGCGGAGAUUAUAUUGCGCAUCCUGGAUAAAGUCAUGCAGAAUGCCCAAUCCUUGAACAGUCAACAGCAAAUUAAAAAGCUGCAGCAGCUAACGCAGUCGGCGGCGUUGAAUCGGGAGACCAUCGCGGCCUCCCAAUUGGCAACCUCGACCAGCGGGAGCAGUCAGCCGUUGCCAGGUGACAGUUCGACCCGUGGUGAUGAUGGCAGCGGGUCAGGAGUCACGGCAGGUGAGAUGUCCGCCGCUCCAGCGGGCAGUCUGCAGGCAACCAGAGCCGGAGGAGCAGGAGGUGGUCCUGGUGGAGCCUCCAGCAUUUUGACAGUCGAUGAGGACACCCUUUCACUGGACAGACUCAACUCGCUGCGCAUUUACAUGACGUCGGUGAAAACGCUGCCGUUUAAUUUACGCAUUUACGGGGAGGAUUUGUUUUCCGACCAGCUGUACAUGGACAUUGGCCUAUCCAGCCGUCUGCUGCACAUAAUGGCCAACUCAACGAUAUUCGCUUCGGUCAUCUCGUACAAGAAUCUAAAAAGUUUCCUACCCAAAACGUACUACACACGUGGCAGCGAUCCCCGUGACUCGGACUACGUGCUAGCCUCCAGGAUCAUCCAAACCUGGCUGUUUCAGUCGAAUCGCUCCAACGACAACUUUCGGGAGCCACUCGACCUGCCCUUCGAGGCGGGUCACGUGGAGAUAAUCUUCCAGCACGAGAGUGUGCCGAAGAAAGGCGAUUGGGUGGCGGUUUGUGGUCACGACUACAAGGCCUCCUUCGACUCGACGUGGCGAUCGGAUCUGUGCAUCACCAAGCACCUGAUGGCGAACAUCACCAGGUGCAUCUGCCCGCUGUCUGGAACCUACGUGGUGAUGCUCACCAAGCGUCAGCCAAAUGCCACGCCCCACAACGCGCCCCGUCGCCCCAUCUUCGUGAUAGCCAGCUGCGCCUGCUGCCUCCUCCAGUGCGGAUCCGCCCUGCUCAUCCUGGUGCCCAUCUGGUGCAAUCGCAAGUGCGCGGUCACGUUCCUCAAGAUGCAGUUCUGUGUGUCCACGUCCAGUGUGAUGCUCAUCUAUUUGCUGGGAUUCAUGAAAAUGCUGCCGGUGAGCUGGCACGGCAUCAUUAGCAGCUCGCUGGCCUCGCUGUUGUUGCUGGGCAUCUCCACGCUGAUUGCGAUUGCCUUGGCCAUCCACACGGAGCUGAUGCCGAAGAAGUAUCUGCAAAUUGGCAGCAAGCCCGCAACGCCAACUAAGCGUCGCCUCAGGCGGGAACAGGAGCGGGAGCGGGAACGGGAACGGGACAGGGAUCGGGAACGGGACCGCGAACUGGAUAGUUUGAGCAACAUCACGCAGAUCCGGGCUCAGUCGCCUUUGGGGGCCACCACGGCCUCCACCACCAUUACCACUACCACCAGCUCGAGCAAUCCCGGCCAGCGGCGCCCGCCGCCCAGUUCGACGGCGGGAAUGCGUGGCGCCAUCGGCAUCAGUUGGCUUCUGCCGCUCCUCUUCGCCGUCGCCGCCCCGCUAAUCUGCAGCAUCAUUGGCCAGUGGCCGCGCCACUGGUGGCUUGAGGUUCUCUGGACGGGAUCUGCGUCCCCGGAAGCCGGCGCGGGCAAAGACGAGGCCGGGGAUUCCGAUUCUGGCGCCUUCUAUUCAGCCCACUCGCUGCUCAACGGCGAUAAUUUACUGCUCGAAUCGGAGGCAGUGAUGGGAAAUGGAACGAGCAGCCCGCCAACAGAGACAUCAUCUGCAUCAUCGUCAUCAUCAUCCACUGGUCGGGCGGUCGAUGAUGAUGUUGCCACGUCAACGUCAUCAAUCACAAGCAUUGGAAGUGCAAGUAACAGUGGAUUCAGUGCCUCUUGGAGUGGCAUCACCAGCUUCAGUACCAGUACCAGUACCACCAGCUCUACCUCCACUUCCGUUGCCGCGCUAGCUGCGCCUUUAACUUCCGGUCCGGGUGACUCCUCCGCGACGCCAUCGCCGUCUCUCAGCUUCAUCCUGUUCGUCUGCAUCGAUUUGCUCUUCAUCCUGCUCUUCUUUGCCCUGUUUGCCAUUUUAAUGAAGAAACUUUUGUGGUUGUGGCACAAGAAUCGCAAUGUGCAUACGCAUCCGUUGGAUAAAUUCAAUCUGGCUUUGAGCAGGCGAUUUGGAUUACUCUACCGGGCGGGCGGAUUGCUCUUGGCCAAAAUCUGCAACGAUGGUCUGUUUAUCGCUUAUGUUAAUUCAUCACCGGAUACUUUGUUGGCAUAUCCGUUCGGCAUAUCGUGCAUAUUGCUGGGCUCGGCCAUCCUCAUCUGCUUCGUCAUCAAGGCGGAGAGUCAGCUGCGUGGACCACCCUUCCUCUCCAGCAACGGGAGCAGCCAGAACAGCUCCCUCAAGCAGGCCAAAUUCAAUACGAGCCGGAGCAGUCUGGAUGAGAACUACUGCACCACCACGACGACGGCGAAUGUGAAUAGUCCGCUGAGCUUCUACACUAACCACGACAAGGAGAAGGAGAACGACUGCGCCGUGUCCUUGUCAAUGUCCAAUGCAGGCGUGUCCGCCGCAGCAGUCGGAUCCUUGGCCUCGUCAGCCGGCGUGGUCGGUGGUGCCCCGCCCCUGCAAUCGAAGGUGGGCCUGGACAUGUCCGGAGCACAGGGAUCUGGUGUCCCACUGCCGUUGACAAUCAUCUCGACGGCGCCGCGCUGUCAGGUCGCAGCAGAUGGAAAUACCGAGUCCUUCCUGGGCGACCGACAGACCCUCUCGGUGGCGCCCUCGCCGGACACCCGAUGCUGUGCCAUUUUGGGCGGCGGAACUGCCUACGAUGCGUACACCAUGGGCAUGGGUAUGGGCAUGGGCAUGGGAAUGGGCGGACUCACGGGCAGCCUGGGAAGACGCACAUUGCAUCAGCAACCGACGCACUUUCGCCAAGGAGCCUGCGGCGAGUUUGUGGGCGUUGAGACGCUGGAUAUACUGCAGGGCGUGGCAGCUGACAGUAUAAUUGGCAUCCACACCAGUGCCAUAAUGCCCACUGCCACAAGCACUUCUCAUUAUGUUCCGCUGCAGCAUAAUCCCUACGUGGACUUUGUGCCCAGCUCCCUAAUCCUGAGCAUGGCCCCGCCUCCGACCAUAAGCGGAAACCUGAGUGGAACGGCGAUGCAGACAAUGCCGGCAAUUCCAACGAUUCCGACCAUGUCGCUGCCCACCCAGACGCCGAAGACGCAGAAGCGAGUGACCAUCCUGGAGCCGACGUCCCGCACGACAUUCGACCCCCUGCUGCCCACCAUGGUGGCGGCGGUGGUCUCCACAUCGACUGUCACCAGCACGGCGACUACGACGCCAGCCACGCCCACACCCACGCAAAGCGGCUGCAGUGGGGGCAAUGAUGCAACGCUGGAUCGGAUCACGCUCGAUCUGGACUACUUGCUGAACAGGGGCGCUGCGGAUGCCGGCGAAGCAGGCGGCGUUGCCCCACCGCCCACCAGUGAUGAUGGACAGCAGAAACAAUAGCAAUAUCCGUGAGUUGGAUGGCAUUUGUAGGCCAAAUGCCCACACUAAGAUGCAUUUAAGAGGCUUCGUUUUUCUAUCAACAGAUGUACAUAUGUGUAAAUCAAAUUUCGAAACUAAACUACAGUAAAAAACAAAUCUCUGUGAAUAUUCUAUCUAAGUAUGCAUCGGAUAUAGAUACCAAAUAUGGAUAACAAUCAGUUUAGCAGCUCCUGGUUUUACCAAUUUUUUAUCAAAUAAGACCAUCCAAUUUUCAGUUCUAUCAAUUCAUGAAAUGUUCAAAGUUACUGUCCUUCAAAGUGAUUUAGGCAUCAAUCAACCUAGACUCAUAUUUAGAACACAAUUUAAAGUUUACAUCAUAUGGCAUAUGUAAAACGAAUUGAAUGAAUUUAAACUUAGGAUAACUUUUUAGCUAGAUUUACAAAAAGCCUAUUGUGGAGAAUACAAUGAGAACGAAAUUGAAAAAAAAAAAAACAAAUUAAUGAGCGAGAACAUGUUUUUGAUUCCAUUUAAAGUUUCCUAGAAUUAAAGCCAAAAUUAAGCCCUAUUAAGAAGCAGAGAUUAAAUACAAAAUACAAUAAUUGUAAAACUAAUAAACAUAACAGGACUAUUUCUGGAACAAAACAAAUUAUACAGAUAUAUCUUUAAAUAAACUCGAGACUCUUGUUAGAAAAUCUAUU